AGUGCUUGGCCUAUCUCACACAAGCGCUUUUCUAUCGACCUGUUUGGUGUCGAGAUGUACGGGGGCACGUUCGAUGGUUCAAGCAAAGGGCGUGUGGUGUCACUCGCUGGUGCCAGCGGCCGCAAGCAGGACAAGACGGCCUUCCUCGCGCAGCAGCGGCGUGAACGGGAGGAAAGGGAGCGCCACAGACUGCGGGAGAAGAGCGCCACGGCCAUCCAACGAGUCUACCGCGCUUUCCGGGACCUUGAGCAGCACCGCAGCGACGAGAGGGCGCUGUUCGAUAAGCGAGUCGCCGACGUGCAGCGCGUCCGGGCAGCCCUGCCUCAGGACGUGAGUGCGAAAGCAGUGGCCACCGUGCUGCCCCUGCUGUUGCGGCACAUCCAGUUCUUCAUGAGGGUGACGCGAGCGGACCAGGCCGACCGCGAGCGGCUGACCAGGGUGGUGGAGUGGGUGAGGGAGUCGGGCCAGCAGCAGCCGGGCAAUGGCAACUUCUUCGCAUCCGGCCGGUCGACCGACCGCCAGAUCGUGGCCGUCUACACGGUGCAGACGAAGCGGCUGCUGACGGCCCUGCUGGCCCUCCACUUCCCCCCCGACUGCAUCCUCAACGUGCUCGACUGCUUCGUGUCGUCAGGGCAGCCGAAAGGCGGCAGCGUGGGCGGCCUGCUCGACGCGAAGCUGCCGGCUCACGUGUCGGCGGUGGUGGCGCACCUGGUGCAGCGAUGCGGUCUGUUUGGGUUCUUGGCGGACUGUGUGGGUGGGUGGCUGCGUGAGGGGGAGAGGAGGGGGGACGUCAUGAUGGCCGCCAACAUGGGGGUGGUCGCCACCGCUGCCGUAGACGAGCAAGGUACGCCACCGCCGCCCAUUGUACGGCUGUGGUCAUGGUCAUGGUCAUGGUCAUGGCUUGGUUUGUUGUCUUUGUGUGCGUGGAUGCAGAUGUGCCCUAUCGCAGCGAGGGGUUCUUUGUGCUGUUGUUCGCCAUUCCCUACUUCGUCCCGCGCACCCUGCAGACCUCCCACGACGUGCUGCAGCUGAUCCGCAAUCCGCCGGGCCGGCUGGUCGAUCGCCUGUGGCAGCGGCCCACUUCACAGGGGACGACCAUCGAUGGGACCGUCACGGUGAGAGAGGGAGGGAGGGAGGGAGGGAGGGAGAGAUUGGGAAUGGCAGUGGGGUGAGGGAAACGUGUUGCAUGUCUGCAUGGUGUCAUGGGUGUCAGGAUGGGCAGCCCGCUGCAAUGUGGACGCUCGGCAACCUCCUUUCCUUCCUGCAGCAAGUCCACAACGAAGGAGGUAAAUAAAUAAAGCAACCAAAGCAACCAGCCACUCACCUCUCGCUCCCACACUCCUAUGCCAAACACUCUUUCAGGCGAGCUGCCGCCCCUGUAUCUGCGGUUGCUGUCCUGGUCCCACGAGAAGGUCCCCCCGCUGCACCUGAAAAAAGCCCUCAGGCGGUACCACCACCUCCGCCGCGCCAGCAAACAAGCGGAGACCGUCGAUGCCGACAUGCCACCUGCUGCUGCGGCGGCGGCUGCUGCUGCUGCGGAGGGUGGUUGGAGGAGGGAGGAUGUGGUCAUGCGCGACGUCAGUGUGAGCGUGAGUGGGGGCACUGGGCCGUUCGAUGAGCCGCCUGAUCGGGUGAGUGACUGAGUGGGAAGAGGCGGACGGAUCGGGGGAUGGGAUGUGUGACGGUGUGAUGUGUGAUGUGUGGUGUGUUGGGUGUCAUGUGUCCAUCCAUCUGUCAGUUGUGCUGUCAAGUGGGUAUCCUGUUGGAACGGUUUUUGCUGCGGUCGCUGCUCGCCAUGGUCGAGGGGGACCCGCACCAACGUACGCACACAAACACAAACCACACAUCCCUCACUCACCCAUCUCUCUGUUCGUCUGUCUGUCCCUCUGUCCCUUACCACAGAGAUCGCAUAUCUGCUUCAGCUGUACUUCCCCCCGCCCCCCAUGCCGGUCCCCACAUCGCCCCCUCUCCGCGGCGUCACGGCAGGCUCACACAUGUCACACCACUCCGUCGACGAAGAUAUGGAGGAAGAGCAAGAGAUCGGCAGCAACGUCGCCGGUGCGCGUGUGUGUGUGGGGGGGUGUGUGUGUGGGUGUGUGUGGAACCUACGCAUCUCUCAUUGUGUGUCUUGUGUGGUGUCUUGUCUUGUGUGAUUGUGUGCAGCGAUUGACCCAGCAGUGCUCAACACGCUUGCAUUUGCGACGGGGUUGACGGCGAAGCUGUAUUCGCUGAUCCGGCAGGAGGUGACGCGGAUCAUGCAGGCCAGCAAGUGCUCCUUCACCACGAUGGUCGACAGCUUCCUCUCUCAACUCGGCAGCCCGCCCGUAUUCCUCAGCCCACUCGCAACCAUCCUCCGGUGAGUGAGUGGGUCUGUGGGCCUGCCCUGCCACACACACCCUCACCCUCACACACCCUCCCCUGGUCUCUCUCUGGGUGUGCGUGCUCAGGGCGUUCUGUGCGGUGUAUCUGCAUCAGCUGCAGGUCAUGUACGACCACGAGUUCCGCGGCGACGGCCACGGCCCCAGCGACGGUCAUGCUGGCCACGACGCCGGAGCGACCAACUCCCAGCGCAACCCCCUGUCCAUCCCAGAGGUGCGGUGGAUCACCCCUUUCCUCAACCUGCUCGCAUUCCGGCUCGUCAAGACCUCCAUCACCAAUGCGCCGCAGGCAGGCGCGCCGCCCAAGGUGAGCAAAGAAGCGGGGGAGAUUGACGGCGCAGAGGGUGCACUGUGUGUGUGUGUGUGGCAUAAUGGCAUGUAUCAGUGGUCGCUGCGGCAGCUGCUGACUGGCCUGGUGCGGAGUCUGUACGAUCGCGAUGCGCGGGUGCAUUUCAUGAAGGACGGCGACUGGGUGGUCGGCGAGGCGCGCUCACUGCUGGUGAGGCCCGACCCCCUCUACCCCACACCCACCACCCCGCCACACACACACACUCUCUUCUUUCUCUCUGUGUGUGUGGUGCAUCUCUAUCAGCGCAACCGCUAUCAGCUGAUUCAGGGUCUGAAUGCGCAGUCUCCCUUUGACGACUGGGAGGCCGGCAGCCAGGUGGGCGGCGGUGUGGCCAACACGGCCAUCCCUCACGCCAACGACAUCCUCGACGCCGUCCUGCUCGAAAUCCCACACACCGUCCCAUUCAACGACCGCGUCCUGGUCGGUCUUUCUGUCUGUCCGUCUCUGUCAAAAAAGUGGCAAUCAAUGCUCUCAUCUGUGCCUGCCCUCUCUGUCUGUCUGUCUGUCUGUCCAUCAAUCCAUCAGGUGUUCCGUCACAACACGGCGGAGGACCGUCGUGAGAGAACUCGGAACCCUUUCGGAGGGCCGCAGCACGUGCACCAGAUACGGAGGGACUACAUCGUCGAGGACGGGCUCACCUCUCUCGGCUCACUCGACGGUGCGCGCGUGAGGCCCCCGACGCCCUCCGAUCCAUCCAUCCAUCCAUCCAUGUGUGUCGGUGUGUGCAGAGGCGGGUCUGAAGGAUGUGUUCCGCGUCCAGUUCGUUGAUUCUGACGGCAUGGUGGAAGCCGGCAUCGACGGCGGCGGGCUGUUCAAAGAAUUCCUCGUAAGAUGAUGAGAAGACUUGGACCCUCCACAACCAGACAGACUUACCCAGCCAGACACACGCCGACCUCUCGUGUGUGUCACACGUGUGUGUGUGUCAGAUUUCGCUGUCCCGCACGGCCUUUAAUCCCAACUACGGUCUGUUCCAGGCGUCCCCCAACGACCAGUCGCUGUACCCCUCACCGGCCGCAUUCGUCGCUCAUCCAAACGCCGCUCAGCUCUUCACGCUGCUCGGCAAAGUCGUCGGCAAGGUGGGCAGGGGAUGGCAAUCCACUCCUGUCUGUGGAUUGGUCGCUAUGAUGUGUGUGUGUAUGCGUAUCAGGCGUUGUAUGAGCACAUUCUGAUUGAGCCGCAGUUCAAUCGGGUGUUCCUGAACCUGCUGCUGGGGAGACUCAACCAGGUGAGAGACCUAUGCUCUCAUUCGGUGCACUGAUGCAUGGAUCUGUCUGGUGUGGUGGUGUGUGGUGUGUUGGGAAUAAUGGCCAGGUUGAUGACAUUCCUUCGCUCGAUCCCGAGUUCCACAAGAACCUCCUGUACCUCAAACAGUACUCUGUACGUCAAGAAAGACAGAGACACACACGCUCAGAAGGAUCCUCGCCCAUCAGCACACACCUGUGUGUGUGUGUCUGUGUGUGUGGUGUGUGUGGUGUUUGUGUGGUCAGGGCAACGUCGAGGAGCUGUCGCUGACCUUCGCGGCAUCCGUUGGCGAGCUGGGCUCUACCGAGGUGAGCCACAGCACCGACCUGUGUGUGUGCGUGUGUGUGCGUCAUUUGUCUGCGCGUAUGUGUGUUUCAGGAGCAUGACCUCAUCCCCAAUGGCCACAACAUCCCUGUCACCAAGUAAGCAACCCCCCCCCCCACACAGAUGGAUGGAGAGGUCGCCCUUGUCAUCUGUGUGUCGGUGUCUGUGUUGAUCUGUCUGUUACCUAUUGCCUUGAUUGACUGACUCGUUCAGCGAGACCAAGUUCAAGUACAUUCACCUCAUCUCCCAUUUCAAGACCAACGUCCAGAUCAAGACACCCACUGACGCGUUCCUUCAAGGCACGCACACACACCACACUCUGUCCCCCGCCCCCCUCUCUCACCUCACCCACCACUGUGUGUGGAUGUGACACACACACACACAUGUGCAGGUCUGCAGGCGGUGCUGCCCCUGGAGUGGCUGCGCAUGUUCAGCCAGGACGAGCUGCGGCUGCUCAUAUCAGGCACGCCGGAGGGCUUCGACGUCCUCGACCUCAGACGGCACACACGGCUUGCGGGCGGAUACGAGGAGGGUGACGAGACCAUCAAGCUCUUCUGGGAAGCGCUGGUGAGUCCAUCAGCACUCACCUCAGCCACACAGAGAGAGCUGAAGGGACUCUGUGUGCAUGUGUGUGUGCAGAAGGAGAUGGACAAGAACGAGAGGGCGGCCUUUCUCAUGUUUGUCACGUCAUGCUCCAGGGCGCCGCUGCUGGUGAGUGUGAGUGUGGGUGUGAGGGAGCGGGCAGGUGAUGGUCAGCUGAUUGCAAUCAUGUGUAUGUGUGUGUGUGUGUGUGUAUGUGCAAUUGCAGGGUUUUCAGAACUUGACGCCUCCGUUUUCGAUCCACCGUGUCAACGACACCACCAGGCUGCCCACAGGUGUGUCCAUCACUCACACACUUACACAUGCAUCGCAUGGGCGUAUGUGUGUUUGGUUACAUUCAUCAAUUGUGUGCAGCGUCUACGUGUGCCAACCUGCUGAAGCUGCCCGACUACCGCAACAAGGCGACCAUCAUGAAGAAGCUCAGGCAGUCCAUCUUCUCGGGGCAAGGAUUCCAACUCUCAUAGGAGGACAAACAAGCCAAUCCCCUCAACCCCCUCCCCCGCCCCACCCCCUCCCCCGCCCCCUCUCGCCCCCCCGCGCCCUCUUGUGUGGGCCCGGCAGCCAGCCAGACAGAGAGACAGACGCUGGCUGUUGUGCUGAUGCCCCAUCCCCUGCCCUCGCUUGAUUGACAAACAGACACGUGCAAUGCAUCCUCAUGACAUCCUCGACCUCUCUUAUCCCAUUCAUUGUACAGCUAGUUGCGGACUUGCCAUGCACCUCUGACCGAUCGAGGGCACCCAUCAGUGCGCGCCUCCCUUCGUCUUCAUGCGUAUGUCUGAGUGUUUUUUGCGGCGAAGCGAAGCGAAGCGAAGCGAAGCGAAUGGAAGGGAAGCACAGGGGGGAUGGGGGCCUCUGUUGUUUUGGCUAGGUGCAUCUCUGUCGUGGCCACGACAGAUGGACAGACACAGACACCCUUGUGUGCCCCCAUGCCUGUGUGGACUUCCGUCGUAUAUGCGUCUCGUGGUGUGUGUGUGUGUUGUGUGUCGGUGGAAGCAAGCGACUGAAUGCUUGCUUGGCGGUGCGUUGCGUGAUGCGUGCGUCCAUCUCUCUCCCCAGAGAUUUUUGGCGUGACUCCCCUGACUUAAUCGACGGAUGGUAC